CGGAUUACGGAUACGCCGGAGGGCGGAGCACAAGUCUACUUAAGAUACUUUAUUAGCACACAUACAAUAGCCAACCCAAAACCAAGAUGAACUCCACCACAAAGCAUCUGCUGCACUGCACACUGCUCAUCACUGUGAUAGUUACCUUCGAAGUAUUCUCCGGCGGUAUUAAGAUCGACGAGAACUCGUUCACCCUCGUGGAUCCAUGGACUGAAUACGGCCAAGUGGCCACGGUUCUGCUGUACUUACUCCGCUUUCUCACGCUCCUCACGCUGCCCCAGGUGCUGUUCAACUUCUGCGGCCUGGUCUUCUACAAUGCCUUCCCCGAGAAGGUCGUCCUCAAGGGCAGUCCCCUGCUGGCGCCCUUCAUCUGCAUCCGUGUGGUGACGCGCGGUGAUUUCGCCGAUCUGGUCAAGACCAAUGUGCUCCGGAAUAUGAACACGUGUCUGGAUACCGGACUGGAGAACUUCCUGAUCGAGGUGGUGACCGAUAAGGCGGUUAAUCUGGCGCAGCAUCGUCGCAUCCGGGAGAUUGUGGUGCCCAAGGAGUACAAGACGAGAACCGGAGCGCUGUUCAAGUCGCGCGCACUGCAGUAUUGCCUGGAGGACAAUGUCAAUGUGCUGAACGACAGCGAUUGGAUUGUCCACCUGGAUGAGGAGACGCUGCUCACGGAGAACUCGGUGCGCGGCAUCAUUAACUUUGUGCUGGAUGGCAAGCAUCCGUUUGGCCAGGGACUGAUCACGUAUGCCAACGAGAACGUGGUCAACUGGCUGACCACCUUGGCGGACAGCUUUCGGGUGUCCGAUGACAUGGGCAAGCUGCGGCUGCAGUUCAAGCUCUUCCACAAGCCGCUCUUCAGCUGGAAGGGCAGCUAUGUGGUCACCCAGGUCGGUGCAGAGCGUUCGGUGUCCUUUGACAACGGAAUCGAUGGCUCCGUGGCCGAGGAUUGCUUCUUCGCGAUGCGGGCCUUCAGCCAGGGAUACACGUUCAACUUCAUCGAGGGCGAGAUGUACGAGAAGUCGCCGUUCACGCUGCUGGAUUUCCUGCAGCAAAGGAAGCGCUGGCUCCAGGGCAUCCUGCUGGUGGUGCACUCCAAGAUGAUACCCUUCAAGCACAAGCUGCUGCUGGGCAUCAGCGUCUACUCGUGGGUCACCAUGCCGCUGUCCACGUCGAACAUCAUCUUCGCCGCCCUGUAUCCCAUUCCCUGUCCCAAUCUGGUGGACUUUGUGUGCGCCUUCAUUGCGGCCAUCAAUAUCUAUAUGUACGUGUUUGGCGUUAUCAAAUCCUUCUCGCUAUAUCGCUUCGGAUUGUUCCGAUUCCUCGCCUGCGUGCUGGGUGCGGUGUGCACGAUACCGGUGAACGUGGUCAUCGAGAAUGUGGCCGUCAUUUGGGGCCUGGUGGGCAAGAAGCACAAGUUCUAUGUGGUCCAGAAGGAUGUGCGCGUACUGGAGACUGUCUAGGAUACGGAUACUUUGGAACUGCAACUGCAACGGGAGGAGGGAGUCAUCAAGUCAAGUCGAGUCAUGGCCAUCAUAUCGCCCGAAACCCACAAAAAACCAAAUGAAACAAAGCCUAAAACCAGAAAAAAUUCGCAUAAUUUGGCCCGGCUUAGUGUGUUGUCCCUGAUAUCUGAUUGAUUUACUUUAUUUGUACAUUUUCUAAGCAUAAGACUCACCACACACCUGCACAACACACC